AUGGCUACAAGACCCGUUGAAAAAGGCGGUCCCGGCGAGAAAGCGGAGGGAGACGAAGGAGGCCAUUCUGACGAAGAAGGAGAGGACGGGUCGCUGGAUAUGGAGCCCAUGGAUCUCGAGGAGUGCUUGCGCAAUCUGCCGGUAGUUGCGGCGGAAGAGGUGGUUCAGCGCCGGCUAAACCGCCUCAGAAAGCUCAUGGCGGUGUAUCGCGGGCAGUACUGGGCGCUGCUGGAGGAGCUGCGCGCCAAGUACCGCCGCUUCUGCAUGCGCACUGGGCAGAGCGGAUGGAAAGAGCCCGCGCCCGCAGCAGGCGCGCAUCCUUCCGCCACGGGCGGAACAGCCGCAGCGGGAGAAGGCAGCGACUUCCCCUUUCCGCCUGCUUCGCGCCCCCACGCGCUUCUUCCGCCUCCGCCGCCCCCUUUUGGCCCCCCUUUCCCGAGAGACACGAGCUUCCGGGCAGCAGCUGGGGGAAGCGGUGUAGAUGGUGGCGGGGCAGUGGGGGAGGGCGGAGCAGCGGGGGAGGGCGGAGCAGCAGGGGGAAGCGGGGCAGCGGCGGGGGCAAUGGGGGUAGGGGGAGCAGCCAGGCCGGAGCCGCAUGCGCCUGACAAACCAGCGAAUGCCACGUUGCACUGCGCGGCUCCUGGACCGUGCCUGGCAAAGCCCCUGGCACUAUCCGUCUUCUGUUUGAAUCACAUUCUAUUAGAGCCGCGCCAGAGGCUCUACAAGCCCUGCACCUACAUCGUCUGCUGGGGCUCCAAUAGCGGGGCGCACCUGCCCUGCGGGCGCCCCGCGUUUUCCGCCUUCUCCCCCGUCCUCUGCGCCCACCACCGCCACCUCAUCCCGCCAGCUCAGCAGCCCUUCCUGCCACCUCAUCGGGGGUACCUGGAACCCGUUAUAGUGGAAGGGGGCGCGAGUGCGGGAAAGAGGGGAGGGGAGAAGGGCGGAAAGGGUGGGGGGAGGAAACGGAGGAAGAAGGGGAAGGGGGGUAGAAGAGGCAUGAGCGGGGGAGCAGGAGAGGGGGAUGGGGCGGGGCUAGAGGGAGGGAAGAAGCAGGUGGGUGUGCUUACACUGAGUGUGAUUAUAACGGAGAUGGUUAGGACGAUUCAGACCCAACGGAGGAUGUUAGAGGAAGAGGAGGAGGAGGGGGGAGAGGAGGGAAGGGGGAUGGAGGCAGAGGGGAUGAGAGAGGAUGGGAGGAGAGAGGAGAGGGAGGAGAAUGGAGAGGUGCAGAGUGGUGGAAAAGAGGAGGGUUUGCGAGAAGAAGGGGAGCUGAAAAGAGUGAGAGAGGGGAGCAAAAACGGAGGAAGAGGAGGGGGUGGGAAAGGAAAGGCGGAAGAGAUGGCUUUAAGAAGUCUACAUGAUGAUCCGGCAGAGGACGGGCGGCACAAGUGGCUGAAUGAAAUCGAAUCUGGGUAUGAUGGUGCUGGUAUGGAUUGGAUGCAUGGGGAAGGCACAGGGGUGGGAGGAGGAGGAUUGACAGGAACAGUUUAUGAGAGUUUCCAAAGUAUGCCUGUGGCACGGCCUGGUGUGGCUUAUAACGAGUCUGGAGCAGGAUUAGUGAGCUGCGCGUUCGCUGAAAUGGCUCAGCAGGUUGUCAGGCACUUAGGCCGUCACAUCAGGAGGGCCUGCCAGACGAACGCCGUGCACCCCGUCGCCAGUCCCUGGACUGCCAUUGCUCGACGCGGCUAUGCGGCUACCAAUGACGAAGCCUAUGCCUGGAUUGAGAAGUCCAAGGGCCGCUCAGACGUCUCUUGGCCCGCUGUUCUCAACAAGCCUCUUCAAGACAUUGACCCCGAAAUCUACGACAUCAUUGAGCACGAAAAGAACCGCCAAUGGAAGGGUCUGGAGCUGAUUCCGUCGGAGAACUUCACGUCCCAGUCGGUGAUGGAGGCUGUGGGGUCCGUCAUGACCAACAAGUACAGCGAAGGCUACCCCGGCGCUCGCUACUAUGGCGGCAACGAAUUCAUCGACAUGGCCGAGACUCUCUGCCAAAAGCGCGCUCUGAAGGCAUUCCGGCUGGAUCCCGCUAAGUGGGGAGUGAACGUGCAGUCGCUGUCCGGGUCGCCCGCCAACUUCCAGGUGUACACGGCGCUGCUGAAGCCGCACGAGCGCAUCAUGGCGCUGGACCUGCCGCACGGCGGGCACCUGUCGCACGGCUACCAGACGGACACCAAGAAGAUCUCCGCCGUCUCCAUCUACUUCGAAACCAUGCCCUACCGCCUCGACGAGACCACCGGUCUUAUUGACUACGACACAUUGGAGAAGACCGCGAAGCUGUUCCGCCCAAAGCUCAUUGUGGCGGGCGCCAGCGCGUACUCGCGCCACUACGACUACCCGCGCAUGCGCAAGAUCGCGGACCAGCAGCGCGCUGUUCUCCUUGCUGACAUGGCACACAUCAGUGGCCUCGUGGCAGCAGGAGUGGUGCCGUCGCCUUUCGACUAUGCUGACGUGGUCACCACCACCACUCACAAGUCGCUCCGAGGCCCACGUGGCGCCAUGAUCUUCUACCGCAAGGGAGUCAAGGAGACCGACAAGAACGGCAAGGAGAUCAUGUACGAUUUCGAGGACAAGAUCAACUUCGCUGUGUUCCCAGGCCACCAGGGCGGCCCCCACAACCAUACCAUCACUGGACUUGCUGUUGCCCUCAAGCAGGCAGCUUCAGAGGAGUUCAAGAGGUACCAGCAGCAGGUCAUGGCCAACAGCGCUCGCUUCGCAAAGGCCCUGCAAGAUCGUGGGUACGACCUUGUGUCAGGCGGCACAGACAACCACCUGGUGCUUGUGAACCUCAAGAGCAAGGGAGUGGACGGAUCGCGAGUGGAGAGGGUGAUGGAGCUGGCUCACAUCGCGGCCAAUAAGAACACAGUGCCGGGCGAUGUCUCUGCCAUGGUGCCUGGAGGCGUGCGAAUGGGCACACCUGCCCUGACCUCACGAGGAUUCACAGAGGAGGACUUCGAGAAGGUGGCUGAUUUCUUUGACCAGGCUGUCAAGAUCGCUGUGGAGGCCAAGGCUCUUUCAGGGCCUAAGCUGAAGGACUUCCGCACCACGGUGGACACGAACCCCGAGAUCAAGGAGGCGAUUGCAGGGUUGAAGCAUAACGUAGAGGAGUUCGCCAAGCAGUUCCCCACGAUUGGCUUUGAGAAGGGCACCAUGCGGUACUCCACAUAG